AUGGCCGACCCAGCAGCAGCCCCGGCAAAGCCGCAGCGCAAAUCCUCGCCCGUCAAGAAUGCCUACCUAAUCCUCUACAACGCCCUCUCGGCCAUCGCCUGGCUCGUCGUGCUCGGCCGCACUGUUGCGCUCUUCUACCUCCGCGGGCCCGACUUUGUCCACCUCGGCGUCGGCGACUGGACACGAUGGACCCAGACCAUGGCCGGCAUGGAAGUCCUGCACGCCCUCCUCGGCGUCGUCCGCUCACCCGUCCCGACAACCCUCAUGCAGGUCCUGAGCCGCUACCUCCUCGUCUGGGGCGUCGUCUGGCCCUUCCCCUGGCUCGCCCGCAGCCCCUUUUACACCUCGAUGCUCCUCGCCUGGAGCGUCACCGAGGUCAUCCGCUACUCCUACUUUGCCCUGACCCUGAGCGGCCUGCAGCCCAAGGCCCUCGUCUGGCUGCGCUACAACACCUUUUUCCUGCUCUACCCCAUCGGCAUCGCCAGCGAGUGCGCCCUCAUCUACCUUGCCGCCGAGCCCGCCAAGGCCUACGGCGAGCUCGUGCCGUAUCUGAGCUACGCCAUCCUGGCCAUCUACGUCCCUGGUUCCUAUAUUCUGUACACGUACAUGAUGAAGCAGAGGAGAAAGGUCAUGCGCAGCUUGAAGGCUGAGCAGGUCGGGUCUGCCAAGACCCAGUAG